AAGAUCCUCUCCAAAAUCCUCGUUGGUUUCAUCAUGAUCCCCGUAGCUUUAACCGCCCUUCUCUUCAUCCUCAUGUCUCUCGGCUUCUCCGUCUUCUUCUUCGCCCUCUACUGGUUUCUCCACCGCAACUACCGCCGCCGCCUCCGUCGCCACCUCCGUCACGAAUCCUCGGAUGGGUUGUCUCCCAGAUGCGUGAAGAGCCUUCCCCAGUUUAAGUUCUGCGAGGCGACGCAGUUCGGAAGCGAGUGCGUGGUUUGUAUCGAUGGGUUCAGACAAGGGCAGUGGUGUCGGAGAUUGCCUGGAUGCGGGCAUGUGUUUCAUAGGAAGUGUGUGGACUUUUGGUUGGUGAAAGUUGGGACUUGUCCGAUUUGCAGGGAUAGGGUUUAAAGGAUUGGAAAGAAGCAAAAAGGUGAGAAAUUUUUGAUGGGAGAAGAAGGACGUACUUAGUUCGGUCUAGUGGUUAGAUUUGUUGUUUCAUAGUUCGUUUGGUUCGCUUCAGUUUUAUUACGAUGAUGUUAAAACAAAUUUGGUUUUUCAUCAAUAAUCAAUCAUGUACAGUUUUUUUAUUUUAUUACAGAGCUCAACAAAUUGAAAGCUUGUUCCUUUCUUC